AUUAUAACUUAUAGGUAUGACUUGUCAUUUCAUCGAAGAUACAUAUGAUAGAAAGUCAUAUGUGCUUGGUUGUCAAAGGAUUAAAGGAAGUCAUAAUUAUAUAAAUACUACAGAAUUAUUAACAGAAAUUAUGGAGAAAUAUAAAAUAGAUAAAUCGAAAGUUACACACAUAGUAACAGAUAAUGCAAGUAACUUUGGAAAGUCAUUCAAGAUGUUCUCUACAUCAUCAUCACCUACAAUACAUCAAAAUAGCUUGCAAAAUCUUGGUAAUUUUCAUGAAAAAGACGAUUUAAGCAGUAGUAGCUCUGAUAGUGAAAUGGAUAGCGAAAAUUCAGACGUAGAAAUAGUCAAUGUAGGAUCAAUGUUUUCAAACGUUGAAAAUAUUGAAAAAGCCAAUUCGGAUAAGUUAUUACCAAAACACGCUACAUGUUGUGCUCAUACAUUGAAUUUGAUUGCAAAAAGUGAUGUUUCUAAAAUAACUGAUGUCAAUUACAUUAAAAUUUCAAAAUCUACUUUUCAUAAACUGUCCUGCUUUUGGAAUCUAGUUAGCAGAAGCACUGUGGCUUCGGGUAAAGUUUUUGAAAUUUGUAAAUGUAAGUUCCCUAUCCCUGUAAUAACUCGAUGGAAUUUUUUGUUCGAUGCUGCAGAAAAAAUUUUAUGUCACAAAAAGCAAUUAAUUCUUACAUUUAAUGAACUUAAUUUGACCAAAUUAAAAGUAAACGAAUGGAUUUUACAAAAUUACAAAAUGAAAAAAAAAAGUUUUUUGGGUUUCGUUGCGCCAAAUAUUUUAAUACUAAGACGUUUAUUAAUUCAGGCAUUACCAGAUUUGAAAUAUUGUAAACCUCUUAAUUAUGCAAUAAUUUCUGGUUUAGAAAAAAGGUUACAUUUUAUAUUUGAUUUAAAUAAUUCCAAAAGUAAAGAUUUCAUUAUUGCUUCUGUUAGUAAUUCUAAAUUCAAAUUAGAUUAG